AUGAAUGUGCGCACUGGCUACAGGUAUGCAUCGUUAGUUGUCGAAGUGGUUGAGGAUGUCCUUGAGGCGCCCGUCAUCGAUAAGAAUGAUGAUGAUGCGGCUGGCCGGGAGUGGCAGGUCGUUGUUGAAGCCCUUGUGCUCCCAUCCAAAGAUAGCCUUGUACAGUGUACCCUUCUUCAAGCGCUUCAUACGGUGGGAAAGGGUGCACGGUGCACGGACGACAAGACUGACGGCCUCACACCUGACACCUGGUACUUCGAGGGUGCCCUGUUCCUGCUGUCGGACACCACCAGGGACAGUGGCGCCUCUGCUGGCGCCUGCCGCAACAACCUGGUGCACGCAGUCGGCUUGAUCACUGACCCCUGUGAACCACCGGAUCAGGGCACAGGCCCCUUCUGGCGCCUCAAGUAUCUGCCCCAAGCUGUGCUGGUCACGCAUGCAAAAACCGUGGGCAGCACCAACGUCUUCAAGGGGGAGGAACUCUUCGAAGAUGUGCAGCAUGCCUUCCUGGUCUGCCCACGCUCCACAAAGAACCCCCUCAAUGUCCACACCCUCGACGACCAGGGCAGGGAGACAGUCCUCAGGGUGCGAUGUCACAACGUCCCUCUCAGAGACGCCUAUGCUGUCACGGACUUCUUUGUCCAGGGGUGCAGUUUCAAGGAUGACUGCUGGAUCGUCGACCUCUGCCCACCGCCAACUGGCAUCAAGCGUGCAUGCCUCUUUGUCAUCCUCACGUGCUACAAGUCCAUGGACCAUAUCCGCCUCCUGCGCCCGCUCUACAACAACACCUAUGAGAAGGCGCAGGUCAUCAAGGUGUUCACCAAAGCAGCCACCAUCCACCCGGACCUCGACACAGAAAGCAAACUCCAGACCGCUGCUGCACAAUGUACCCAGGAACGACACACAGCACUCUUCCAGGAAGCACAGCGACUCGUCGACAGCUGGACUGCGAACCACCCACCACACAACUGCGACCGCGACAAACUGGGACUUGAGGCGCUGGCCUGGGAGUGGAAGCUACGGUCCCCUUCACAGCACGCCGCGGUACUGUACGGCGUGCCGUUCAGCCCUCCAACGGGCUACUGCCAGUCGCAGACUCUGACAUGCACAGACAUGGAGCGCUGA